AUGUAUGAAGAGAAACUUUUUCUAGGAUCAACAUCAAGUGUAACAACGACUGCCACUACAUCAUCCAUCACUGUAUUGUGGACGUUUGAUUCUACUACGAGUGAUUUUUAUGGCAAUUACAAUGGUAGCUUGAUUAAUGGAGCCACAUACACACCGGUGUCACAAACUCAACCCUAUAUAGGGAAUGGACAAGCACUCUUUCUAAAUAAUUCCGUGUCACUAGCAACAAAUCAGUCAUUUGUAGUACAAGCAUUUCUCAAUUUAUCCUAUCAAAGUUUUACAAUUGAAGCAUGGGUAUAUGCUUUUACUGCUCCUACUGGUGAUAAUCCCAUAUUGAGUCAAUGCCAGUGCGCAAACUGUGCAGAUCAAUGUUUAUCUUUAAUCAUUCGAUCUGGACAUCUAUAUAUGAGCUUUACAUUAAACGAUUUGAUUGGUACAACAACAAUGUCAAUUAACACUUGGUAUCAUGUUGCCUUUGUUUAUAAUUACGCAACAUCACAACAAAUAAUAUAUCUCAAUGGUAUACAAGAAGCUAUCAAAUCAUCAGCUUCACCAUAUCAAGGUGGCAACGGAACAAUACAAAUUGGAGUAGCACAAGUCCCUACACAAACAUCAUUUUUCAAUGGUUAUAUUGAUCAUGUGAGAAUCACAACACGUGCAAAAGGAGCAACAGAAAUUCUGAAUAGCGCAACCCUAAUGGCCCACUAUUCAUUUGAUUUGCCCGAUCAAACUGCUGAUAGUGGUCCAAAUGGUUUGACUGGUAUUAUAAAUAAUGCAGCUCUUGUUUCUGGACGUGUCAAUCAAGGACUGAGUUUCAGUGGUACUGGUUCCUAUUUUCAGGCAUAUGGUUUUUAUCAAUUAGCUUGGGGUGUUCUUGGAAAUAAACCAUUCACUAUUGCAAUGUGGGUUAAUCCAGCAUCAACCAGAGGUUCAACAUUGAUACAAGUAUCGCCAUCCCAGAAUAGCACUUUAGGUACAAUAUACAUCAUGAAUCUAAUCGGUUUUGUGUCGUCCGGUGGUGCAAGCCAUGGGCAAAUAGCUACACAGCUUUAUGCAUGGCCUACAGUCUUUGGACCAUUUUUGUCGGUCAACACAUGGUCUCAUAUUGCAUUCACAUUUAGUUCUACAAAUGGUAACACACAAUAUAUUAACGGCGUUGCAGUCGGUUCAACAGGUGCAGUAACUUCCAGUAAUGUUUAUGGCACCAUUAUGUGGUUACACAUCGGCUAUGCCUUUUGCUGGAGUAGUGCUUAUAUUCCGUGCUCUGGUUAUCAAGGCUCAGUUGAUGAAGUUUAUAUUUACAAUCGAGAACUGAGUCAAUCAGAAAUCUCAGCACUUGCAAAUCCAUAA